UAACAUAAAAAACGCGCAAGAAGAGAACUAUGAGAUAGAGAAGAGAGAAGAACGUUGGUUUGAGUACUACAAUGUUGAAGUCAGCACUUCAAUGAGGAAGAAAUAGAUUAAGAACUUUAAAUUACCUUUCAAUUGUUUUGAUUUGGGGAAGUUUGUCCUAAUUUUUUUUAUUUUUUUUUUCAAUUCAAUUGGGGAGGCUUGCCCUAGGAUAUUUAUUUAGGGAAAAUUAGGGAGUAAAAAAAAGAGAGGGAAAAGUACCCAACAGUAAGCUGCAAGUAGGGAAAAGAAAGAGUCAAACGCCUAAAUUGAGCAAUUAAUGCCGAAAAAGUAAGUGGAGGUUUCAUUAAACAAAAAAAGUCAUCGUGGUGGUUUUUUUUUAACAAAGAUCCGUUUAAAAGGUUUUUUUCUUGCAAAACGAGGCAUUUGAAAGGUUUUUUUUAACAAUUUUUCCUUUUUAUAAUAAGGGGUGUAGGGAUUAAUAUUGAAAAGUAAAAGACAAUUUUACCCUUAACGAAAGGGAAGGAAGAGGAGAAAUGUUAUUAAGAAUAGUUAAGUAAUUUUACUAUUUAUCCCAAUAUAAUUCCCAAAUCAUAUCAAACAAUAGAUAACAUAAUUUUUAUCCUUAAUCACCUAUUAGUUUCAUAUUUUUAUCCUACUUUUUUAUCCUCGUCAUCCCUAUUGAUCCUGCCAAAUGCCCUGUUAAAGCUUCUUAAUAAAUAAACAAAAGUAUCCUCUGUUGUAACAUCCUGUUUUCAUCACUUUUCACAUUCUUUUACGGGAGAAGGCUUUCGGCUACGGGAGUUGCGCAGGUUUAAUUUAUUCACUUCUGUUGGGAUUCUGGGAAGUAAAUUGGAGUUGGUUUUAGCGAGAAUGGAGCUCCUUUGUGAGGAUCUGAUUAUUAAAAUUAUGAGUAAGCUCUCAGAAAAGGAUCUGAUGAGGUGCAAGUGUGUAUCAAAAGAGUGGCAUAGAAUUAUCACCCAUGUUUGCAUUCCCAAGUUGUCAAUUGAGGCUCCAGUUUUUGGGGUUUACUUUCGUAUUGCUCGGUUUACUUGUAAGUUGAGGAAAGUUACAUCCAUCUCCCCUCCAGAUGUUAAAAUGCAACUUCAUAACCGUAUGGCCUAUGAUGAUAGUGUGCACAGCAUUGAUUGUUCCCCUUUGAAGGUGCAUCCACAACGUGCUUUCCGUAGCUGUGCUCUUUAUGAUACAUCUGCCUGUGAGAGCAUGUAUUAUGCAAGUAUAUUGCCGUUUGAUCAUCGUGGUCCUGAUUUUUUGGACUGCUGUAACGGCUUGCUUUUGUUUGUUCGGUGUCCUAAACCUCAGUUUUACGUGUGUAACCCUGCCAUCAAACAAUGUGUGCCCAUCCCUCUCCCUCCACCUACAAUCCAUCUGCCUUCCCUUUAUGCCUCGUUAGCUUUUGACCCUUCCGAGUCCAUUCAUUUCCGUAUUGUCAUCUCAUCGCUUACAACUCAGCCACAGUGCUUGCAUAUUUUUUAUUCCCAAACUGGAGAAUGGAUGACACAUGAGAUUGAAGUAAAGUUACUGCUUCCUCAUGACUGCUUUAGGUUGCUAAGGCAUUGUGUUUACUUUAAAGGCAUGUUAUAUAGAUUAUCCCUGUAUCAUAGGAUUCUAUGUUUUGACCUCGAAACUAAGAAAGCCUGUAUAUUUGCUUCCCCAAACAAGGUACAAGAUACACUACCAGGAUGUCUUGGGGUGUUAGCUGGCUCUCUUUCAUAUGCAAAGGAAGAAUGUGGACAUUUGUGGGUCUGGUUGCGUGAUAGCCACAGUGAACCGAGUGUAUGGAUAUUGAAGUAUAAAAUCUCCCUUGCCCACAUAUGUGAUCUUGCAUCAAGAAUAAGCAUCAAGUGUUUCAAUGUAUGGUUACAUCCAUAUGCAUUUCAUCCGAAAUCUGACAUCUUAUUUGUGGGCUCUGCGCGUUCACUUAUGAUGUAUCAUCUUGAUUCUGAUCAUAUGGAAAUUGUGCGAAAGAAUGGAAUAUGUAAUAUAUUUUGUGGAUCCUUGUUCUCUAUGUUCACAUAUACACGCACUAUAAUCACGUUGAAGAACUGGCGCAAAAUUCCCUGCGAACUCGAUAACGUUGAAGAGGUGCUAGAUGAUUGGUGUUUCACUGAGCAAUGAUUAUUUAUAAAGCUGUGUAAGAGCUGAAGCUUGUUGCAGGCAACCAUCGUCAGAUGCUGCACUGUGCUGAUUCUACAGCAUGUACUGUACAUUAAUGAAUGAAUAAAGGAAAAGCAGGUGUUUGCUCCCUCUUUAAUUUAUGGUAAUCUGGUGGUAUGCUUCAAUAAGAGUAGUACCAAUUAGGCUUAUUGUUACGCAAGUCUUCUGUUGUAUUUGAACUAGCAGCGGGUUUUAAUCCCGCAUUGGAAGGGGCAUAGGUGUCAGACCCUUCCAAAUACUGUGAGUUGGUCGACUGUUGUCUUUAAGCUCGUCGACAUUGGAUCAUGGUACAUGAAAGGUUUGAAGCUCGUGCCGAUACAAUGCUAGUAGAGUAGUUGUAUUUUGUUGUUAAAGAUCUCAUUAACAUUUCACUGAACUCAUAAAAUAUAUUGGCAGUGUGAACUCAAGAGUUUGUAUCUUUAAUGUUUGGUUAAAUAAAUGGGAUAUCAUUUACUCCCUCGUUCAUCUUAUUAUUAGAUGCUAUAACAUGUAAUGCAUGUGUUAUCUAUAACUCUUAAAGCCAAAUUGGAGUAAAAUGGGUAUCUCUUAUGAACAGCGCUCUUCCCAUUUUAUCCUCAAGAAAAUAUAUUUACCACAUUAUCCUUUGUUGCUAGAUUCAACAUGGGCGACCUCCUCGCACCGGUUAAAGGCCCACUUCUCUAUUUCUUUCAUUUAUUAUUCCUAAAAACAAUCAUCAACCCACCUCAUUUCUGCUCCUCGAAUCAAGAAAAUCAGCUGAUGUGGAAUCUCAGCCAUUGUUGCAAUAACAGAAUCAGCAACAGCAACAGAUGGUUCCAUUAGAAGACACUUAUAUGCAGAGCAGAGCUGAAGCACUUCAGAAUGUGGAGUCUACAAUUCACGAAUUGAGUAAUAUAUAUACACAAUUGGCAAUAAUGGUAUCACAGCAAGGAGAGGUUGCAAUCAGGUUUGCAUCCUGUAGCUUAAGAUGGCUGUUUUGGCUGAUACAAAUAUGUGCUAUUGAUUUGCUUGUCUUUGUAGUUGACUCUCAAGUUAUUUUUAAUAGUAUUUAAAGCAUUUAAUAUUUGCUUGUAUUGGUUUAUUGGAUCUUUUGUUGAACCUUGAUUUAAUGAUGCCGUAACUAUCAAGUUGACUGCCUUUUCAAUUUGAUGGGAUUUGGUUAUAGCACAAUCUUGCUAUUUAGCUGCCAAUUGCCGACUCCUCUCUAUAAUUAACAAAGUUAUAUUCUGUUCUUCAAUAUUGGAAUAGGUAACUGAUUCCCUCUUAAUCCUAUAGCUGGUGGGUAAAUUAAUAUCAUUUAAGUUUAUCAUGCCCUUCAAAUACUCGUAAUUUUUUUUUCUUGAUAAACUUUGUCUAUUGUUGUUUAUAAGGAUUAAAUUGAUUUGACUGCCUUUGUUCUUUAAUAUUAGUAAGGAUUGAAUGUAAUGAGGGUUUUUUUUUUUUUUUUUUUUUUUUUUUCCGCAUAAGCUUUAGAAUUCUUGAAAUCAAUUGAUAAAAAAGACUGGUUGUCCUUUGUUGUUUAUCUAUGCUGAUCCGAUUAUAAUAACUUAGUUUACUAGGGUGAGCUAACUCAAUUUAAUAUAUUCUUUUCUAUGUAAAAUAUUAUGGUUUUGUGAGCUAACUCAAUUCAAAAUAAACUGCUUGACCUCCUUGAAGAAAUGAGUUAGGAAUGCUAUGGAUUUGUAAUGAUAAACAAAGAUGAGCUUCUGAGUCCGAUAUCAUUUUAUCCUCUGAAGUUCUUAAAAUUCAUACAGGUUACAUUGGUUGAUUAUAUGGUUCAGGAGUUUCGUUUUUUUGUUUAAUCAAUUGGCAUCUGCGAAGCUCGGACUCGGCCAACCACCCCACCGUACCGGUGUCGACACGACGCGACCCGGGUGCAGACAUGGAAUCCGGGUCGGACGCUUGGGAGAAAAAGUGGACUCGUCGGUCAUAAACCCUAGAUCUAAAAUAGAAUUGCGGAAAUUUCAAAAAAAGAGUCUAAACCUUGGGGCUUUUGUUCGAAAGUGAAAGGCGAGUAGGCCGACACUAAGAGGUUGUCGGUUUUCAUUCUCGGCGAUGGGAGGCUGGUUCUUCUGCUUCUUCGACACGUUUAACUGUUCAAUUUCUUUUUUUUUUAUAAAAAAAAAAAAAAACAAGGGGUGGGGUCAGUAGGGAAUAUACUCAGUACUUAUGUGGGUGGGGGUAGGUGGAGGACCUCACGUGACUCCUUUACUUAAUGUUAUCUACAUUGCUCUCAAAUCCUCUAUUACUGUUUUUCCUGUUUUUUCUUUCUUUCCCUUACUUGUAGUUUCAUUUCAGCACCGCAAGUACAGCCAGUAACUUGCAGUAUCCCUACCUAUACAAAAGUAUCA